CCGUGGGUGGCUGACUGUCUGACUGCCUCCGCCUCCCUUCGUCCCUGGCGCGCUCUCCCGCGGCUGCGCCGCCUCGGCCGCCAGGGAGACAAAGCGCCGACGCCGUCCCCGUAGCCGAUACCGAGCGGGUCCCGGGCCAUGGCCAGGCCGCCCGGCGGUCCUGCGCCUCCCGUCCCGUCGCCGCCACCGCCGCCCUAGGCCUCGCCGCGAGGUAAGGCCCGGCCUGGAGGUAUUUCGGCACCAACUAUAUGCCAGACGCUGGAAUUCAGAUAAAACCCCCCUGCUGUCCUAGAGCAGGCAAAAAUGACCCAGAUGUGGAAAUAGAGGCGCAGAGAGGCCUACAGCUUGCCUGAGAUCACCCAGCCUGGACACUGCAGAACUGACAUUUGAACCCAGAGAACAGCACGCCGAGAGCAGAUUGGGCAGAGGGCAGGGAGGCCCCCGCCUCGCCGCCGCCAUGAAGCUGAAUGAGCGCAGCCUGGCCUUCUACGCCACCUGCGAUGCGCCGGUGGACAACGCCGGCUUCCUGUACAAGAAGGGCGGCCGGCACGCGGCCUACCACCGGCGCUGGUUCGUGCUGCGCGGCAACAUGCUCUUCUACUUCGAGGACCCGGCCAGCCGGGAGCCCGUGGGCGUCAUCAUCCUGGAGGGCUGCACCGUGGAGCUGGUGGAGGCCGCGGAGGAGUUCGCCUUCGCCGUGCGCUUUGCGGGGGCCCGUGCCCGAACCUACGUGCUGGCCGCGGAGAGCCAGGCCGCCAUGGAGGGCUGGGUGAAAGCACUGUCGCGGGCCAGCUUCGACUACCUGCGACUGGUGGUGCGCGAGCUGGAGCAGCAGCUGGCCGCCAUGCGGGCAGGGGGCGGCCCACCCCCGCCACCCCGGCCGCGCGCCCUCCCCUCCAAGGAGAACGGCUGUGCCGUCUGGAGCACCGAGGCCCCCGCCGCCCCCACAGGCACCUCAGCCCGUGCACGGCCUGGUCCCGAGCCCCCGCCACUGCCACCCCGCCGGCGGGCCUCGGUGCCCAGCGGGCCUCUGGACUCGGCCUCCUUUGCCCAGCUGCACGAGUGGUACGGACAGGAGGUCAGGGCCCUGAGGAGUCAGUGGCUCAGGAACCGGGCCCAGCCCUGAAGUGCUGGUGAGGAACCGUCCUGACGGGAAGUGGUCAAAGUCAAAGCCAGCCCUGAGGUCACCAGGGGUCCUGGUUCUGGUGGGACUCGAGUCCCAGGCUCUGCUCGGACAGGCCCAGCCCUGAGAGACUGAGGGACCUGGUCCCGAGGGAAAUCAUACUCAAGGCUUGAGGGAAAUUGAGGUCCCUGUGUGGCCCCCUUUCAGGGGACUCAAGCUCUGAGAAGGACUUGUGUGAUUCAGAGGAGGCCAUUGCCUGAUUCUAAGGAGAAUCCUGGGCCUGGCUGAGCCUCAAGAAGCCCGAGAGGGCUGCUUUCAAAGGAACGCGAGCUCCAGUCCCAGUGCAAGUCACCCAGCAAAGGCCCGUUGCUGGCAACAGGUCCUGGCGGCUGUGACUGGGACCUGACGAGGAUCUGCGGCCUGAAGGCAACUGCCUCGUCAGCCCCGCUCCUGGUCUCAGCACGGACAGAGAGACAGCUCGGCUGUGCCACGCCAUGCCUGGGUCUGACCUCCAUUUGCUCCAGGGCCUUCCAGAGUAGCUGGCUUGGCUCCACGCUGCCUGCCUGGCUCCCGAAGCAGCAGGUGAAGAGGUGGGCAGGUUCUAAUGCGUAACCGGUAUGGUGAGAUUGCCUGGUCCCGAGGGCUCCCACCCUGGAGUGGGGCCCAGGUAAGACUUUGCCCUGGGCCGCAGCCAGGCCUUGAGGUGGUACUCCUGGCGCAGUAGUUGCCCUCUGGCCUCGGGCCGUGUCCGUGUUCCUAUGGUGGCUCUCACAUGCUCUCCUGACAGUCCUUCACCACAUCCUUCACUCUCCUUCCCCCAGAGCCAGCUCUUCUGCUCCCAGACUGGGGUGGGGCCUCUCGGGAGCUCACCUGACCUGGUCCAGUCUGGCUGGGCAGCUGUGGCCUGAGCUGACUUUCCGGUAGGUUCCACUAGGGAGGGGUGGCCAUGAGCUGACUCACCAUCCAGAAAGGACCCCGGUGCUGAUCCAGUAGGGGCAGAGAAGCAGUUAUAAAGCUGUGUUUGGCUUCUGGAAUCCCCUCCCUCCAUCACAGCCCAGCCCCCCCCCCCCCCAUCUUCCAGUGGGGAGGCUGACUGCUGUUUCAUUCUCACCACAGAGGUGGUUCUUCAAGGGAGAAUCUCAUGGGAGCUGGGACACUCCUGGUCUUCAAUCUGGGUCAUGUUUACAGUCCUCAGUGCCCUACACUGGGGAGCACCCUGAGGAUGCCUCCUCCCAACAUUUAUUCCCCAGAGGGUCCCUCUUGGUGACAGACCGAUUUGGCCCCAAGGCCCCUUCCUGCUGUCUUUAGAGACCCUGGGGCUGGGGGAAGAUUGGGGGCUGUCUGUAUGUCUGCAAUCACCAGCUCACUGCUGGCUCAGUUGACUGGGCUUCCGUUUUAAUUUAAUUUUUAAUACUUAGGUGGUUUUUUUCCUAGCAACAAAGCUUGGUGUUUUCUCUCCUUGUUUCUUGUGGCUGGUGGUAAGGGACGGGGUACCUGGCUCUCGGCUUGGCUGGGGGGGGGGGCGGUGGGCGGUGAGACAGGACAGUUGGCACUGCCCCCAGGGAGAGGGCCAGGAACCUUGGCUGGAGACAAGGCCACCUCAAGAAUCUCACCUGGUUCUUUGCCUUUUCCCAGCAUGCCCUGCUCUGCGGCAGGGUCCUCUGGGGUUUUGGUACGCUUCCUAUUCUCCUCUUUCCCCAAAUCCUGAGCAAUGGGGGUGGGGAUGGUGGCUCCUGUCCUUAGGUUCUGGGUCUCCAGAGGUGUUAGGAGCUGCCCAGAGCCCAUGUCCUGGCCAGACCCAGCUGGUGGAGUGAGGUGUUGACCUCAGUCCUGGUGCAGGUUUACAAGCUACAAAGGUACAAUGCCCUGGUCUCCCUGGGGGGGCUGGUGGGAAUUGUGCCCCCCCACUCCCCAUCUCCCAAAGCACAAGAUGGGGUCAGGCUGCCUCCAGAGUUGGGUGCGGGAAGAGUUAUCAGGCAGCCUGGGAGGGGGGUGUAAAGGCGAAAAUAAAAAAACCAAAAGUUUGUCAAGUA